UUCUGGUGUCAAAAGCUUGGAAGAAGUUUGCCUUCAGGUGACAGAUCUUCUGCCUGGCCUGAAGAAGCUGCGGAAUCUGCUCCCCGAACACGGCUGUCUGUUACUGUCUCCAGGGAACUUCUGGCAGAACGACCGAGAGCGAUUCAGUGCUGACCCAGAUAUCAUCAAAACCAUCCACCAACAUGAACCAAAGACAUUACAAACAUCAGCUACUCUCAAAGAUCUGUUGUUUGGACUCCCUGGGAAGUACAGUGGGGUGAACCUCUACAAUAGGAAGCGAGUGGUAUCCUACACCGUCACACUCGGUCUCCAGCGCUAUGAUUCCAGGUUCCUCAGCAGCCUCCGCUCUCGCCUCAAGCUGCUGCAUCCCAGUCCUAACUGCACGCUGCGAGAGGAGAACAUCGUUCACGUCCACUUCAAGGAAGAGAUUGGCAUUGCUGAGCUCAUACCCCUCGUCACCACCUACAUCAUACUCUUCGCUUACAUCUACUUCUCCACACGGAAGAUUGACAUGGUGAAAUCGAAAUGGGGCCUGGCGCUGGCGGCGGUCGUGACGGUGCUCAGCUCUCUGCUCAUGUCCGUUGGGCUGUGCACGCUGUUUGGUUUGACACCUACUCUUAAUGGAGGAGAAAUAUUUCCAUACCUGGUGGUUGUGAUUGGCCUUGAGAACGUGUUGGUUCUCACCAAGUCAGUUGUCUCCACGCCUGUUGACCUGGAAGUGAAGCUUCGCAUUGCCCAAG